AUGGCCAACGAUGAGGACGCAAUCAGAGGAGGCGCCGUGGAUGGAUGCAAUUACUCGUUUUGGACGCUUCGCGGCAUGGCACGCCGUAAACGCGUUCUGGACGACGGCGACGACUCAGACUCUUCAAACAAUGAAGACUACGAUUUUGACGAUUUCGACACGAAUGAUCCAGACAUGAGGGAGGAGCGCGCCCUAUUCGAAAAUCCCUACAAACACAAGCGGAGGAAGAAGAAUGCCAAAGAGGACGCCAUCUACGGAGUGUUUGGGGACGAUAGCGAGGAUGAAGGACCGAGGAAUAAACGAGGAGGGGCAAAGGGGAAGCGGAGUGACUGGACUAAAGCACCUGCAUUCGUAUCGAGUGACAAAAAGGUGGAUCUGGACAAGGCCAUGGAUGUCGACGAUGUAGGUGACAGCAGUCAGGACGAAGAGGAAGACGAGGACGAGAAAAUGGUAGAUGCAGACAGCUCGGAUGAGAAUGCCUCCGACGGAGGAAGACCCGGCGGCCAGUCCGAUGGCGCUAGACCUGAGGCACCUGUGCCUGACGAUGGGGAAGAAGAGGCCGAACGACCGCGUUUCGGGGGAAUUGGCUCAUUCAAACCAUCGAGCCAUGAAGAACAAUCGUCCUUUGGUCUUGGUGCCUCGAAAGGAGGGAUAGGUUCAUCGAAGAGUGGUAUUGGUGGGUCGCGUGGAGGGCUGGGUGCAGCGAGAAGUGGGUUGGGAGCCUAUGCUGCCUUUAUGAGUGCAGGUACCUCGAAACCGUCUAGCAAUGAGACCGGAUUCUCGAAAGGAGGUAUCGGGCCCAAGGCGACCACAGUGGAAGAAGUCGAAGACAGCAAGGAGUCAUCCCCCGAGCUCUCAGCUCGGUCUACGCCAGACCUACCCAGCGCAUUCGGAGCACGAACCCAACGCUUUGGACGGUCGACAACGCCAGCGGCUGCCCCUGCUACUCUAUCGGCUGAGGAACGGGCUCACUUCAACAAGCUGCAAGGAUCAUUCGGUGCUCGCAUGCUCGCCAAGAUGGGCUGGCAAGCUGGUACAGGUUUAGGUGCAGAAGGGGAGGGUAUCGUUACACCCAUCGAGAGUAAAUUGCGGCCACAGAAGAUGGGUAUCGCGUUUCGUGGAUUCAAGGAAAAGACGGAACAGUCGAAGCGGGAGGCCAAACGAAGGGGUGAGGUUGUCAGUGAAGACGAAGAAGAGGACAAGACGGUUCGCAAAUUGAAGAAGAAGGCGAAAGAGGCACAGGAGAAGAGGGCCGAAGCAUGGAAAAAGCCGAAGAAGGUCAAAACCAAGGUGCAACACAAGACUUACGAGCAGAUUCUGGAGGAAGUCGGAGAGCAGGCUCAACCGGCAGGAAUUGGCCAGAUUAUUGACGCCACAGGUGCUGUGCCACGGGAAGUGUCUUCCUUGUCCGAGGUUACCUUGAAUCCCUGGGCCCCUUCGAACGAUCCUACAAGGAUACCUGAAGUCAGGCACAAUAUCAAAUUGAUUGCAGACGCGUGUAAGAGUGAUUUGGACGGUCUCGCUCGUGAAGCCAAGGCGUUGCAAGAACGCAAGCGCUUCGUCCAGGCAGAAGACGCUCGUCUGCGGAAGAAAGUCGACGAUGACGCUGAAUUGAUCUCAAGGCUCCAGCAGAUCCAGUUGGUCGCAAACGAGAUGCAAGUUCUAUCCAAGGAACUCUCGUCUCUUUACGAAGUGUCACUGGAACCAUUUUCACCCUUGGUUCGUCGGCUCGUAGACCAAUAUUCUAAAGAGUACGAUACGUACCGCCUUGAUGAGGUCGUAGUUGCCGCCAUCGCACCUCUGCUCCGCCGCCUGGUAUCCACUUGGAAUCCACUAGAAGACCCCGCUACAUUCCUGACAGUAUUCAAAGAUUGGCGACGGGCACUCAAGAUCAAUACAGGCAACGCUGUAACAUCAACCGCUGUGGAUGUGUACGGGGCCAAAACCGUGGCUAGCACACAGGUCGAGGAGCAACCAAUGACCCCGUUCGAGAGUCUAUUGUGGAACGUCUGGUUACCAAAAGUCCGGACGAUCGUCAAUAAUGAAUGGUCGGCCGAGUCACCACAACCUGCGGUCAAGCUGUACGAAUCGUGGUCUUCGUUGCUGCCGCAGUUCAUUCGGGACAAUAUGCUGGAUCAGCUAUUUUUACCCAAAGUACAAAAGGCUGUAGCCGAUUGGAAUCCCAAACGCUCCAAUGUGUCGCUACAUUCUAUUGUAUUCCCCUGGCUACCCCACAUUGGCCUGCGAAUGGACGCCUUGCUAGACGACGCAAGGAGGAAGGUUAAAAGCCUAUUGAAGAACUGGAAUGUCGGAGAUUCGCAGCCUGCUGACCUACAAGCCUGGCAAAAUGUCUUCAAGAAAGGUGAUUGGGAUACCUUGAUGUUGAAGUACGUUGUCCCCAAGCUCGGCGCGACAUUGCGCAACGACUUCAAGGUCAACCCUCGCGCUCAGAACAUGGAACCACUCCAGCGAGUUCUCGAAUGGGCCCCCCUCAUCCGAUCUUCCAUCUUUUCUCAAAUCCUGGAAACCGAGUUCUUCCCCAAGUGGUUGGAUGUUCUUCACAUCUGGCUUGUUCAGCCCAAGGUCAACUUCGAAGAGGUGGCGCAGUGGUAUCAAUUUUGGAAGGAUAUCUUCCCCGAGUCGAUACGGAACUAUCCUGGCAUCAGCCGAGGUUUCACAAGAGGUUUGCAGUUAAUGAACAAGGCCAUCGAACUUGGGCCAGAUGCGCCAACUCGUUUGCCUCGCCCCGACUACAAGGCCGAACUUGCCGCCGCGUCGACUCCUGCUCCUCUCAAAGAAGCUCCAAAGAAGACUGUCGUACCAUCGUCACGCACUCAAGAAAUCACCUUCCGGUCCAUUGUCGAGGAGUACGCCGCCGACCACAACUUGUUGUUUAUCCCAGCUGGCCGUGCGCACGAGAGGUCGAGGAUGCCGCUGUACCGGGUCAGCGCCACCGCGGAUGGCAAACAUGGUUUAUUGGUGUACAUUUCGGACGAUGCCGUUUGGGCGCCUAAGCCUGGCGGGGUGGCAAUGGAAAGUGAAGACUUCCGCGCCAUUAGUUUGGAUGAUAUGGUAGCUCGGGCUAAAGGAGGAGACUAA